AUCACUGGUUUAGGUUGUUGUAGCGACCACUCUGCUGUCUCUCCGCCGCCGUGUGCCGGCGUGCUCAAACCCCAGAGCGAUGGAAUCAAGGAGGGAACCACCACCGUCCUCCGCCACCGCCGGCGGCGGAGUAGUAUUGGGUAAGUACCAACUGGGUCAUCUAUUGGGCAGAGGCAGCUUUGCCAAAGUCUACCACGCGCGCCCUCUCUGCGGCGGCGCUGCGGUGGCGAUUAAGGUAAUAGACAAGGCGAAAACCGUCGACGCUGCCAUGGAACCCAGAAUAGUCCGGGAAGUCGCCGCCAUGCGCCGCCUCAGCAACCACCCAAACAUCCUCAAAAUCCACGAAGUCAUGGCCACGAAAACCAAGAUCUACCUCGUCAUGGAACUCGCCACCGGCGGCGAUCUCUCCACCAAGCUCCGCCGUCGAGGAGGCGGUGCUCUGCCAGAAACCACCGCCCGCCGUUACUUCCAGCAAAUCGUCUCCGCCCUCCACUUCUGCCACCGACACGGCGUCACCCACCGCGACAUCAAGCCCCAGAACCUCCUCAUUGACGCCGCCGGAUUUUUGAAAAUCUCUGAUUUCGGCCUCUCCGCCUUGCCGGAAAGCCAGCUCCACCGCGAGAUGCUCCAAACCGCCUGCGGAACUCCGGCAUACACCUCCCCGGAAGUCUUCCGCCGCCGCGGCUACGACGGCGCAAAGGCCGACGCGUGGUCUUGCGGUGUCAUCCUCUUCCUCUUCGUCACCGGAAACCUCCCUUUCGACGAUUCUAACCUCGCCGCCAUGUACCAGAAGAUUCGCCGCCGUGAAUUCAAAUUUCCCAAUUGGGUUUCAAAGCAAUCAAAGUUUAUAAUUCGAAAUUUGCUCGAUCCCAAUCCCAAUUCGAGAAUGAGCCUCGAGACAUUGAUGGGUCAAUCAUGGUUCAAGAAAUCAUUACCAUUAGAAUUAUCUGAAGAACAUUGUUUAUGUCCCCAAUUGGGUGUAUUACUAGACAAUGAAAGUAAAUUCAACGUGAAUGCGUUUGAUAUCAUUUCAAUGUCAUCGGGGUUGGACUUGUCUAGGCUUUUUGAGAAUAAUGGGAGAGAGAGAAGAUUUACGACGAAAGCGUCGGUGUGGGAGAUUGAGGAGA